UGGCGGAGAAAAAGUUUUCGGACUAUAUCAUGUUGAUGGUGCGUGCGUUACGUCUAAAAUUAUAUUUGAAUUCAUGGGGUGUUUAUUCCAUGGGUGUCCAAAAUGUUUCAGGCCUGAAGCAGAAAACCCAUUUACGAAAGAACCUAUGAUUGAAAGCUUCAUAAAAACUAAUAAAAAAUCUAGUUUCCUUAAACAACAGUUCCCCGACUUUGAAUACGUCGAAAUGUGGGAGCACGAUUGGGUUAAAAUUAAGGCCGCAUUAACUCCCGAAGAAAAAUGUCAGCUCUUUAACGUUCCGUAUAUUAGACCUAUAUUGAAUCCAAGAGAUGCUUUUUUUGGAGGAAGGACUAAUGCGACUUGUUUGUAUUAUCAGGUAAAACAGGAUGAAGAAAUUCAUUACGUGGAUUUUACUUCUCUGUAUCCGUACGUUAAUAAGUACGGAACUUAUCCAAUUGGGCACCCCGAAAUAAUCGCAAACAAAAAUAUGUCCACUGACAUUAAUGAUUAUUUCGGUAUAAUCAAGUGUACUAUUGAAGUACCAAAACAAUUGCUCCAUCCUGUCUUACCUUAUCGUACAAACGGUAAAUUAACGUUUCCAUUGUGUAAAACAUGUGUGGAAGCGCAGCAGCAAACAGCGUGUAAUCACACAAAAACCGAGAGAUCGUUUACAGGUACUUGGGUUACGACGGAAGUGUCGAAGGCCGUGGAAGUUGGAUACACAAUAGAAAGAGUACACAUUGCGUGGCAUUUCACCGAGAAAAGCGUCUACACCCCAGAUACACCCUCGUCGGGAUUAUUCACCGAGUAUAUCAAUACCUUUCUAAAAUUGAAACAGGAAGCAUCGGGAUGGCCAGAAUGGUGUAAAACUCCGGAAGAUCAAGAAAAAUAUAUUAACGAUUACAAAUCUGUAGAGGGUAUUACUCUAGAAAAAAAUAAUAUCAAAUACAAUCCGUGUUUACGAUCUCUAGCCAAACUAAUGCUAAAUAGUUUUUGGGGUAAAUUUGGCCAAAAAGAAAAUUUAACGAAAACAAAAUAUACACAGGAACCGAACGAUGUAUACGAUAUUCUAACCGAUCCUCAGGUAAUUGUUCACGAUAUAAAUUUUAUCAACGAUAACCUAGCUGAGAUUAAAUACGAAAACGAAGAACAGUUUGUAGAUGUUAACAGAAAAGUUAAUGUCGCAAUAGCAGCAUUCACAACGGCAUCAGCUAGGUUAAAGUUGUACGAUCUCUUAGAGAAAUUACAAGAGCGUGUUUUGUACUACGACACAGACAGCGUAGUAUACGUGACAAAGCCUGGGGAGUGGAACCCCCCACUCGGUGACUAUUUAGGUCAGUUAACGUCCGAAAUUGAUCCGAAGGAGGGAAAGUAUAUCUCAUGCUUCGUGUCGGGUGGCCCCAAAAAUUAUGCAUACAAAUUAGAUUCGGGAAAAACCGUUUGCAAAGUUAAAGGUUUAACCUUAAAUUUUGCAAACUCUAAAAAAAUUAACUUUGAAACUGUUUCUAAUAUUGUGAAAGGUAUAGGUCCUGAUAUAAUUAAGACUUUUGAAUCUAAUCGUAUCACUCGAAAACCAAAGACGCGUAAAAUUGUUAACGAAACCUCUACAAAAGAUUAUCGCAUCGUGUAUGAUAAACGAAUAAUAAUUGAUAACUUUAAAACUUUACCAUACGGUUACGUAUGGUAGAGCAGCUUUUCAUUUAUUUACUAAUUUACAUUCGCAUAAUAUUGUUUUAAAGAACUAUGAUUUUUCUGUAUUUAUUUGUAGUUUAAGAAUUUUGAUUUCACAUAAAUUAUUUAUUAGUACCUUGUUUUAGCUCGAGAUUGUUAAUAUAUUAAAUUUUAUAUUAUAUUUUAA